AUGAGGCAUCCUCUGCAGCCGUCGAGCCCGCGUUUCGCGGCGCCUGCUUGGGGCGCUUCUUCAUCGUGUUCCCUGCGGAACUUCUCUUCUCUACCUGCCUCGCUUGCUAGAGCAAGAACGCGGCCGUCCGGCCUCGCCGGCUCGCGCUCACGACUGACGAUGCUUUUUUCAUCGUCGACUUUUGCACAGCCGACAACAAUCCCUUCGUCAUCGUUCUCGCCUGUCUCCUCCCCGACGUCGUGUGCAGCCUCUCCGUCUCUCUCUCAGGAUCUCUCUGAACGUCCUCAUGCGCCGUCUCCUUCGUUUCCCGAGCAGUCUUCUUCUCCUUUCUCUUCGCCGCUUGCGGCCGCAUCGGACGUGCCUCUGUCGUCUGCUGUCCCGAGCUCUUCUGCGCACCCUUCGUGUCCAGUUGCCUCGUCUUUGACUCCGCGUGAAUCGUCAGUUUCCGCCUCCGAGGGUGCAAGCUCGCGUGGGCAUUUCGCCGCCGCUUGGCCCUUUCGAGAUGCGCUCGACGCGCUGGAGGCGCAGGGUGUGCAUACACUCGACGAGCAGGCGCGGACUCUUGGAUUCGCGUCUGGACCGCAUUUGGGCCUCGAGACGCUUCGGCGGCUCUCGCCAGAGCAAGAGAAACUGGUUUUUCACUGGCUACUGACCGGCGACCUGGGCCCCGCGCCGGCCGCAGACGCGACUUCUUCGUCUCAGCCUCCUCAGUCCACGCCUUCCCAGGACUCCCCUCUGUCGCCUCCUUCUGCAUCUUCGCCGGCGCGCGCGUCUUCGCCGCCCUCGCUCCCUGCGUGCGUGCUGAGCUGCUUGCACAUUCUCGAGGAGGAGCUGCUGCUUAAGGGACUAGUUAUCUCGGACUUGCCGCGCGACGUCUUCUUCUCUCACCUUCGUGAUGCGGCGCUGCCGCAGGAGAUCGCCGCUGAGCAGGCGGAGAAGAAGCAGCGGCGCGAAGCCGAGAAAGCGAGAGGGAAGAAGCUGAACGGAGUCGACUGGAGCAGACCGCAAACCCCGGGGGCGCUCUCUGCGCCUUCGCGGACGCGGCCGACCGAGAAAACCGGUGUGCAUACACCGCAGCGGGGCUUCGACGGAGAAGCCCGCGAGGGGGAGAGAGACCAGUCGAGCGAGUCAAGGCAGGAGCUUCUCAAUUCAGCGUGGGUGAUGGCGCGGAAAAAGGAGAUCUACGGAGACAACCCAUACCCGUUCCCGCUGCGCUGGACGCUCGACGCUUCGUCUUCUGUGCCUCCCUCUUCCGCUGCGCCUCAGCUCUCCGCAUCGGCCGCGCCGCAGCUCUCCACAUCGGCCGCGCCUGUCUCUCAGUCCCUCCUCCCGUUUGUUCUACAGGAGCAGCCUUCCUCGAGUUCCGCGGAGGAGCCGAGCUGCAUCUUGGAGAAGCGCCAAAUCAUUGUGGAGCGGUGCGUCUGGCAGCGCAUGCUCGAGGAAGUCGACCAGCAGAAGUCAUUCCUGUCCAGCGCCGCCUGCUCCGUCUCCGGCUCCUCCUCUGCGGCUUCUGCAUCUGCGUCUGAGGCUGCGGCGCUGUCUGGCGGAGGCGGAGGCGCGAGCGAGCCGGUGCCGGCAGACCGCGGCAUCUCGAAGCGCGUCUGGUGUUUUUGGGUCAACGAGAUGCGCACGCGCAUCGCCGCCAUGCAGGCGGAGCAGAAGAAGCAACUCGAUCGCUACGCGCGCAAGCUGAGCUCGGAGGAGGAGGAGGACGCGGCGUCGCCGGCAGUCCGCGCGGGCGCGCCAGCAGCAGAGGAGGCGGAGGCGGAGUGGGGGGGUCGUCGCAGGCGUCAGGGAGGCGACUGCGAGGCGAACGGCCUGCAGAAAGACAUUGAGUCCGACAAGACGCUGCUGCCGCUGGAUCUCGACCCCACAGUGCUCGCGCUCAUCACCGCGCGCACGGCGGUGCAGCUCAUCGUCGUCCCGACGGCUUCCUCGGCAGUCGUCCCGGGUAAGAAAGGCCGCGCCGACGAGGUCAAGCCCGCGCACGCUGAGGAAGAGCCGCUUUUCGAGGAGAGCGACGCGCAGGCGGUCGCGGAAGACGACGCGCGCGACGCAGAGAGCGCGGCGAAAGCCGAGUCCAGGAUUCGCGUGGUGCAUCAGCCUCCGCGGCGCGCCUCAGGGGACGGCACCGAGGCCGCGGCGACGACGAAGAGCGACCGUCCAACGUCCUCGGAGGGCGCCGAAGAGGGAGGAGAGGAGGACGAAGAAGCGGAUGAGACAGUCGUGGCUGCGACAGCGGCGGCGCUGAUUCAGAAUCGGUCGCAGCGCCAAGUCCCGGUGACGCAGAUGGCGCUGGCGAUUGGAACUGCGGUCAAUCUCGAAGUGAAUGCCUUGCGCUCGGACCAAUUUUUCCGCGGCGCGGACGCCGGAGGCGGCGCGUCGUCCCCGUUCGCGGGCUCGUCGUCGUCCUCGCGCCUCAUCCUGCCGCAGCCGCGGCUCUUUCGGGAGCAUGAGCUGCUGCAGAAGCGCGCACAGGGUAAGACUCUCGAUCCGCGGGAGCGGCGCGAGCUGCAGCGCCUCCUCUCGUCGCCGAGCGGGCACCACGAGCUAUGGGACAUCAAGAAGAAGCUGCAAGUCGGCGGCCUCCUCCUCGGCGUGCUUCUCCGCCACGCGUUCGUGGAGGCCGACUACGCCGCAGCCAAGCGCGAACUCGCAGAGGAGCUCCACCAGAAGGAACGCGAAAAAGAGUGCAUGCGCCGCGCCAAGGAGAAGAAACGCGAGGCCGAGCGAGCGCUGCGGAAAGCGGCCGGCGAGAACAUGCCGCGCGCUGAAUCCGAGGCAGCUGAAGCGGACGCGGCGCUCGCACAGACCGCGCACGACGAACCGGCAAAGAAGGAAAGGCGCGGUCGACCCAAGCCGCUCUUCGGCACGGCUUUCGACUCCGAGGACUUCGCGCAUCUCACAGUCUACCGCUCGCGGCGCUCCUUCAGCAAGGUCGAAGUCCCUGCGUUUUGUCACAGGCUGAUCUACAACGCGAAAACGCAGCGCUUCCUCGGCGUGAUUCAGAUGCGGCGCGUCUGUUACUCGCAGCUCGUCUCGGGGGAGAAGUACACUUCUUUCUUCGGCCCCGGGAAGAACCGACCGCCGCCGCCCUCGCGGCCGGUUUCGGCGGCGGGCGCCGCGGCCUCGCCCCUGUCUGCCGGCGGCGCUCCCGCGGGCGGCGCCCAGCCCCCGAGCAACUUCCGCACACUCCCGUCCGCAGGCGGGGGGCCGUCGCCGUCGUUUUGGCUCUUUCUCAAGUAUUUGCCGAUGAUCAUUCCGCCGCUGCCGUGGGAGGGCUACUCGCAAGGCGCAUAUCUGAUGCUGCGCAACUCCUUCGUGCGCGCUGUCUCCUACGGCGAGGUCAAGUCGACCAGCAAGCCCUCCUCUAGGCAGAAGGACGAGGAGGAGUCUGACCUCGAAGACGAGGAGAAAGCUGAAGAAGACAUGAGCGAGUCCGCGGCGUCUGGGGCGGAGGUCGCGGCCUAUGGCGACCAGGGGGUCAGGAGCAAGAAGCCGAAGCGAGGGAAGGCGGGCAAGGCAUCUUCCUCCUCUUCGACGAAGACGGAGAAGAUCACUUUUCUGGGCGGCGCAGGCCGCGCGAAGAUGGCGCGCGACUUCCACGCUUACGACACGACGCUGCCCCGCGCAGUGGUGUCGGCGCUGGGCUCUCAGCCGUGGCGCAUCAAUAAGGACGUCCUGAGCGUGAUGGAGGCCGCGUGGGAGCGCGGGCUCGAGCUGGGGCGCCUGCCUUCGCGAGACAGCAGCGCUCUCGAGGAGGAGAUUUUGCGCCUGAAGCAGCUCGACAGCGAGCCGCGCCGCGCGGGCCUCUCCGCGGCGGACGCGUCCGCCGCGAGCAUCCGCCUCAGGCACCUUUUGCAGCAGGCUGCGAAGCUCCAGUCCGAGCGCCCGUCUUUUCUGCUCAAGUUGCAGGUGGCGCGGUGCUUCCAGAAUGUCCAGGCGCUUUACUUUCCGCACAACAUCGACUUCCGCGGUCGCUGCUACCCGCUGCCGCCGCAUCUGAACCACAUGGGCGACGACGUCUGCCGCUCGCUGCUGGUCUUUGCGCAGCCCAAGCCGCUCGGUCCAACCGGCCUCGGCUGGCUGAAGGUGCACGUUGCGAACUUGUUCGGCGUCAACAAGCUCUCCUUCGCCGACCGGCAAGCCUGGGUGGAUUCGCGUCUCGACGACUUCAUCCAAGUCGCGAACGACCCGCUGCACCCGCGGAGCCUGCAGAUCCUGGGUCAGGAGGCCGACGACCCCUGGCAGGCACUGGGUGCGAUCCUCGAGUUGAAGAAAGUCGUGGAUCACGGCGUCGCAGACAGCGCCCAGUUCCUCUCGAGCCUGCCGAUUCACCAGGACGGAAGCUGCAACGGCCUCCAGCACUACGCCGCGCUCGGCCGCGACCGGCGCGGCGGCGAGGCGGUCAACCUCGUGGGCGGCGCCAAGCCGCAGGACGUGUACACCUUUGUCUUGGAGGUUGUCAAGAUGCGGGUUUUCGCGGACGCCGCUGCGCAGAGCGUCAGCCCAGACGGCCGGCAGCCGCUCGAGAAGACGCUGGCGGCGCUCCUGAUUCAGCACAACUUGCUGCAGCGGAAAGUCGUGAAGCAGACGGUCAUGACCAUCUGCUACGGCGUGACGGCCGUCGGCGCGCGCGACCAAGUCACCCGGCAGCUCGAAGACUUGAUUGGGGAGACUGUCGACGCGGCGACGCUCAAGAGCCUCGGCGUCUAUCUCGCGCGCGUCGUUCUCUCCUCGAUCGGCGAGGUGUUUGAGAGCGCGAUGCGGCUGAAAAAGUGGCUCGACGAAGUCUCCAAGAUGCUCAACCGCCUCGGCCUGCCGGUCUCCUGGUUUCUCCCACUGAUCCACUUCGGCGCCGAGCAACCCUACCGCUCGGGAAAGGCCCUGGAGGUGAAGACGGUGUUUCAGACGCACAUCGUCCGUGUGGCGGGCGAAGACACGCCGACGAGUGCGUCCAAACAGAGACUCGGAUUCCCCCCUAACUUCAUUCACUCGCUCGACGCGACCCACAUGAUGCUCACCGCGCGCCGCUGCCUCAUGCCCAACCCGCCGCCGCUGGUGCCGCCGUACUUCGCAGACCUCCCCGCCCUCCCUGCGCUCGCCGAAAUCGACGCAGCCUCGCGGGAGCAAACGUGGGCGCCGAUGGCCUUCGCCGCGGUUCACGACUCGUACUGGACUCUGGCGGGCGACGUCGACCGCAUGCGCCGCAUCCUCAGGCAAGAGUUCGUUCGGCUUUACUCGCAGCCUAUCCUGGAGGAGUUCUACGAGGGCCUCCGCGCCAGGCUCGGCCGCGUCGCCGAGGACUUGCCGCCGCCGCCCACCAAAGGCUCGCUGGACAUCACCGAAGUCCUUAACAGCGACUACUUUUUCCACUGA